AAUUCCGUUUAUGUAAUAAUUUAUUAUUUAACCGAAACAAUCGUAUUUAAUUUAUCCAACUAAUUCUAGUACUUCUAAAACAUCAGUACCUACUUAAUAUAAAUAAAAAUUAAAAAGAUAACCUUUUGAUUUAUUCGUUUUCAAAUCGGUAGUAAUAUAUAGUGUUGUAAAUAUAUAUCUGUGUAUGUAAUACCAGUUCCGACACUGAUAAAGUGUAUUUAAGUGAAUGGUCUUGGGGACUUCCAAUCAGUUGAAUAGUGUCGAGUGAGAACGUAAACGUAGGUACUCAAAAUGGCGAAAACACCAACCGAUUUUCAAACAUUAAGGGAUUUAGCUACACGUAUAAGGAUACAUAGCGUUGAAUCAACAGCAGCAGCUAGUUCUGGUCAUCCAACGACAUCAUCUUCUAUCGCAGAAAUACUUUCAGUAUUGUUCUUUAGAACAAUGCGCUACAAAGUUUCGGCACCAAGAGAUCCUUCCAGUGACCGUUUUAUUCUUUCCAAAGGGCAUGCCGCUCCCGCUCUCUAUGGAGCUUGGGUGGAAAAUGGAGUAGUACAAGAAUCCGAUUUAAAAAAGUUGAGACAACUAGGAUGUGAUCUCGAAGGACAUCCUACACCUCGCUUGAAUUUCAUCGAUGUUGGUACUGGAUCUCUUGGACAAGGGCUUGCUGUUGCAGCCGGUAUGGCUUAUCUAGGAAAAUAUAUUGAAGAAGCCACUUACAGGGUAUUUUGUUUGAUCGGUGAUGGUGAAAGUGCCGAAGGAUCUAUCUGGGAAUCAGUUAACUUUGCUAGUUACUAUCAUUUAGACAAUUUGGUAUUGAUUCUGGAUGCUAAUAGACUUGGUCAAACACGAGCUACUAUGGUAGGUCACGAUUUGGAGCUCUAUAAAAAGAGAUUAGAAGCGUUUGACUUCAACGCUAUUAUAGUAGACGGUCAUGAUGUAGAAGCACUAGUUAAAGCAUUCGAUACUGCUGCUACUGUUAAAGGAAAACCAACAGCUCUUAUAGCAAAAACUUACAAAGGAAGAGAUUUUCCAAAUAUAGAAGACAAAGAAAAUUGGCAUGGUAAACCUCUCGGUGGAGAAACUGAAAGAGUGAUUAAACACUUGAAAUCUUUGAUUAAGAAUCCGGGUAAACUAAAUUACACAAUUCCAGCACCUUUAUCAGAAGUACCAGCAGUUAAUAUUAGUAAUAUUAAACUUUCUUCUCCUCCGAAUUAUAAGCAAGGUCAGAUGCUCGCUACAAGACAAGCCUAUGGUACCGCAUUGGUUAAAUUAACCGAAUCAAAUCCAAGAGUUGUAGCACUCGAUGGAGAAAUGAGUAAUUCUACGUUUUCUGAAGCGAUGAAGAAAUACGGACCGACAAACUUUAUUGAAUGUUUCAUUGCAGAACAAAAUCUCGUUGGUAUAGCUAUGGGAAUAAGCUGCAGAGAUCGCACUGUCGCUUUUGCUUCUACAUUUGCCGCGUUCUUCACUAGAGCAUUCGAUCAACUCCGCAUGGCUGCUAUCUCACAAUCAAACAUCAAUAUAUGCGGAUCGCAUUGUGGAGUUUCUAUUGGUGAAGAUGGACCGAGUCAAAUGGCCCUUGAAGAUCUUGCUAUGUUCCGAUCCAUACCUGGAAGUACUGUCUUUUAUCCAUCAGAUGUAGUAGCUGUUGAAAGGGCGGUUGAAUUAGCCGCCAAUACAAAAGGGAUUACUUUUAUUCGUACCGCUAGGGCUCCUACUGCUGUGGUUUAUCCCAACGAUCAGAUAUUUGAAAUUGGUAAAUCAAAUGUCGUUUUUUCAUCCCCUAAAGAUCAAGUUUUGAUAAUAGCUGCUGGUGUUACUUUACAUGAAUCAUUACUAGCUGCUAAGCAAUUAGCUAACUCCGGUGUUGCCGUUAGAGUCUUGGAUCCAUUCACAAUUAAACCUAUUGAUAAAAUUGGUAUUGUCAAAAACGCUCGUGAAUGCGGUAACAAGAUUUUGAUCAUUGAAGAUCAUUAUCCCGAAGGAGGUAUUGGAGAAGCAGUUCUGGCUGCUUUGGCAGAAGAAGUUAAUAUUUAUGUUAAACACAUAGCCAUUCCUAGAGUUCCUAGAUCUGGUAAGCCGGCAGAUUUAUUGAACUAUUAUAAAAUCGAUGCUAAAAAUAUUGUGAAUCACGUUGAUGAAGUUAUUAGAAAAUAAAUGUUACUUUGAAAAUGUUUUCAAUAAAAAAAUAUGGAAUUGUU